AUGUAAUUUAGUAGUGGGAGUCUUGUCGUUCAAUCUGUCAAUUCGCCUUUGAAUAAUUAAACUCUUAGUGCUAAUAAUUCACUUGUAACUCUUAAGAAAUAACCUGUCUUAAACGGGCAAAGCAGUGCAUCAGAAAUAGGAAGAAUGACUGUAAAAGUUAUGGAUGCUAAACUGAACAGAGAUACUGAUAUGAUUGGAAACAUGGACUGCUUUGUAUUGUUUGAGCAUUAGGGAAAACAAGUGAAAUCGAAAACUCAUAAUGGCUCAGGAAAAAAUCCAACCUGGAAUUAGGAACUGCAGUUCAGUAUAAUUAAUACAAAUGAGACUAUGAAGGUGAAGGUUAUGGAUGAGGAUGUAGGAUAAAGCGAAGAAGUAGGUUCCUGCUAGCUAAAUGGUGCUGAUAUGAACAUAAUUACUUCUAAAAAUUAGAAGAGUGAGCCUAUCUGGUAUACAUUGAACUUCAAAGGCAAGCCAGCUGGGUAAAUCAGAUUAUAGUGCAGUUUCGAAAAAGCAUCAGAUCUUUAGAGUGAAAAGAGGAAAGCAUAGGCUCUGAGAAGUAGUGUUGAUAGAGUAGGAUUAGCAGCAUAAAAAUCUAAUUAAAACUCUUUGAUCCAAAAUAACACAUUUCAGGACAGCUCUAAAUAGGGAAAUAAGAACGCUGGAGGACCUAAAAGCAUAAGCAGUGAAUAAUAAAACUCCAAUAACUUGAUGGUCAAAAGUUAAAUGCCGAAUGGGAUGUAUCAAAGUGCAGGAGGAAAUGCUAGAUUCAGAAGUAUUCCUAAGAACGUUUCUAGAUUCGAAAUGAUUGAAAGAUCAAUUGAUGAAGCGAACCUUAAGAAGAAGCCUUAGAAGGAGCAGAGUGUCGAUGUGACUCUGAGAACAAGGGAUGAAGAGUUGAAGAACAGCGACAAGGUUACUAAGAAUCUCUUCUCAGAGUUUGAGCAACUCCAAAAGAAAAUGGAAAGAAUUGGAGAUCCCACUUAUUUGUCUUAACUCAAGAUGAAGAACUCGGAGCUCGAAUCAAGACUCAAGAUAUUAAACAAGGAGCAGAAAACACUAUAGAUAGAUCAAUACCGUAGAGAAAAGAGACUAGAUAAGAUUAUCAAGCAAGGUGAGCCUGAGAACAUGAAGGAUGUCUAGAUGGCUUCUCGUAACCUCAAUUAGUUAGCUGAUAAGCACAGAGUGGUGUCGAUUCAAUACUCCAAAGCAAUUGAAAUGAAAGAGUAGCAAGAGGCAAAGCAUCAAGAUUGGACUGAAAGAGUAAGGUAGAUAGAGAAAACUGCAAAGCAAUUGGGCAUCACUGAAGAUGAAAUCUAGAGAUUCAUGCAUUAGAAUUCCUAAAAUAAUGGAGACGAAUUCAAUAAGAAUGAAGAUACUAGAGAACAGCUGAAAAAGCGCAAAAGAUUCCUAGAGACACAAAUCCAAGCAAACAAGAAGAAGCAUGCUUUCGAUGUCUAGUAAAAAGCAAAGGAAAUCGAAAAGCUAAGGUAGCAGGGGGAGCAGUAUGGAUAGCUGUUUUAAAGUAGAGAAGAUGAACUAGAGACUAAGAGAUUUGAACAAGCAAAGCUUGAGGAAAAAUCUAGUAAGCUUAUUGGAAGAGAUGGCAUUAAUAACACAAAGCAGGGUGGGUAUUCUGGUCAUAGCUAGAAUGUCACUAUAAUGGAGGAAAGUAUAAAUAAAAACGAUGGAGCAUUUUUUAUCACUGAUGAACCCAAUAAUGAUACUAAUAGGGACGACUAUGAGGAUCAAGACUUUGAGCAGGAAACUGGAAGGAAAAUUAAUAGAUAACGUAAAGACAGCCAAGAUAGUGAAAGCGCUAAAAAAAUUAGAGGAAAGUCUAAUAGAAAGAUCAAUGAGAAUUCAGAUAGUGAAGACUCUCCUUAGAGAAGGUCUAACAACAGAGAUAAGUCACCAGAAGACAGUGAGUCAGAUAAAGAAUAAAAGACAGAUGGUUUUCAUCAAAGACCCAAUAAGCCAAUCAAGGCUUCAGAUGUACUAUCUAUGAUUCAACAGCAGCAGUAAUAAUAGUAGUAGCAAUAAUAGAACCCUUAAUUAGAAAACAAGAAGAGUAGUCAUAAUGCGGGUGUAGGUGGAGGGCUUAAUGAUAAUUAAAAUACAGAUAAGCUUCAACUAAUUCAUGAUAAGCAAAGUAAAAAUCCAAGGCCAAGGAAUGAUACCAAUGAUUUAGACGACAAUUAAGUCAUUAAGACACGAAACUUAUAGGGACCUGAAAUUAGUGACAAGAGAUAAAAUAGAAGACCUCAACAUGAGGAAAUUAAAGAUCACUAUGCUGAGGGCAACUCAUCACUCUUAGACCAGAGCAUGGAUGAAGUCAAGAAUGUCAAAUAAUAAGUUGAGAUGCAAGCAGAUAAACUUUAUAAGCAGAAGCAGAUUAGGAAUAAUCAGGAUGCUUCACUAAGCUAGCAGAAAUCGAUAAAUAACAGUCAGCUAAAUCAAUUGAAUCAACAAAGGACGCAGGUUGAAGCUUCAUAGUAGUCUAUUGUGAAUCCGGUCUAGCCAGUAAGAUAAUCAUAAGUGAAUUCGAAGCCUUAGCUAGGAGGAGGUUAGCCAAGACGGCAAGUAAAUAACGUAAAUAUUUGA